AUGUUAGAUGCCUCAGCGGGUGGUGCAUUGGUUGACAUGACUCCGGUGGCUGCGAAGACUCUAAUUGCAAACCGAGCACACAAUGCACAACAAUAUGAGGGUGUUGGACAAAGAGAAAGCCCACGGCAACAUAGUGUGAAUGAGGUUGUAAUUGGGUCAAAACCACAAGAAAAUCAAGUUUGCACCGUGUACUCCAUUCAAGGGCAUCCAUCCGAGAAGUGCCCUCAGUUAAUCGAGAAUGGUGGAUGGGAAUCUGCCAAUGCUAUUGCAUUCCAAGGCCAAAAUCAAACCAAAUACGAUCCAUACUCGAACACAUACAACCCCGGAUGGAGAGAUCACCCUAACAUGAAGUGGAGAGAGCCCCAACAACCUACACAACAAGGGGGAUUUCGGCAAAACCCCCCUGGGUUCCCACGGCCAUAUCAACAAAAUCAAUCACUUCCGGCCCAAUCUAGAACAGAUGUGAAUCCGAAUGGAGGAUUUGAAUCUGCCAAAGCCAUCAUAUUGCGUAGUGGAAAAGAAGUUGGAAGUGAGUCCGACACUCCCAAAUCUGCCCAAGAAGAGGAUGACAAGCUGCAAGAAAAGGAGGGAAGCAUUAGCACAACCACGACAAGGGUGAAACAAACCUUGCCGCAAGCCCCUAUCCUUCCUAAUUUGGCCAAACAAGGUAUGUUGAGUUCAAAUUCACUUAAUACUAAUCUGACCAAUGUUCCUUUUCCUCAUAGGUUCAUGCAAUCGAAGAAGGAUGAGAAUGAGAAGGACAUUCUAGAAACAUUCCGAAAAGUGCAAGUAAACAUUCCACUCCUUAAGGCAAUUAAACAAGUCCCAAAAUAUGUCAAAUUUCUCAAGGAGCUGUGCACAAACAAGAGAAGAAUGUCUAACAAAGAGGUAGUUAAGGUAAGUGAAAAUGUUUCAGCCGUAUUGCAACGUAAACUACCUACUAAAUGCAAAGAUCCCGGUAGAUUUAUGAUUCCUUGUAUAAUUGGCACUACUCGGUUUGAACAUGCAAUGCUUGACUUAGGUGCAUCCAUAAAUGUCAUGCCUUAUUCUAUUUAUGAAUCUAUGAAUUUGGGUGAAUUGAAAAAGGAUGGUGUGAUCAUACAAUUGGCUGAUCGUUCUAACGCUUAUCCAAAGGGAGUAUUGGAGGAUGUUUUAGUACAGGUGAACCAUUUGAUCUUCCCGGCUGAUUUUUACGUUUUAGACAUGGAAGAUUCAGCCCAUUCCACCUCUCUGCCGAUUCUCCUUGGUAGGCCAUUCAUGAAGAUAGCCCGUACAAAGAUUGAUGUGUUCAAGGGCACUUUGACGAUGGAAUUCAAUGGGGAAGUUAUCGAUUUUAAUAUUUCUGAAACUAUGAGAUAUCCCGUUGAUGACCAUUCAUGUUUUUCUAUUGAUAUCAUUGAUUCAUUGGCGUAG